AUGAGAUCGUUAACUGAAGAGGAGACAAAGGUGGUCUUUGAGAAGCUUGCUAACUAUAUCGGAAGAAACAUCGCCUUUUUGGUGGACAACAAGGAAGAUCCUCAUGUCUUCAGACUCCAGAAGGACCGUGUGUACUAUGUCAGCGAGAAAAUCGCCAGGCUCGCCACCUCUGUCGCCAGACAGAAUCUAAUGUCGCUGGGAGUGUGUUUGGGCAAGUUCACCAAGACCGGGAAAUUCAGACUUCACAUCACGUCGCUUGACUAUCUUGCACAAUACGCCAAGUACAAGAUAUGGAUCAAGCAGAACGGAGAGAUGCCUUAUCUAUAUGGAAACCACGUUUUGAAGGCCCAUGUUGGUAAAAUGAGCGAGGACAUUCCUGAACAUGCCGGUGUCAUCAUCUUUUCCAUGAAGGAUGUGCCAUUGGGAUUUGGUGUGAGUGCAAAGUCCACCACUGAGGCCAGGAAUCUGCAGCCAACCUCGAUUGUUGCCUAUAGACAGGGAGACAUUGGCGAGUACCUGAGAGACGAAGAUACUCUGUUUACCUAA